UGCGAAGAACAAAAUAGCUCUACUGCUCUGACUUGUACUGUAAUUUUUAGUAACAGUAAAUUGAGAAAGAAAUGAGCAACUACACAGAAGAAAAAGGGAUUGUUAUUGUUGGAGGUGGAAUUUGUGGUCUUGCUACUGCUCUUGCGCUUCACAAGAAGGGAAUCGAAAGUGUGGUACUAGAGAAAGCUGAGACUAUACGAGCCGCUGGAUCAGCGAUCGGUAUCUUCACAAAUGGUUGGUAUGCACUGGAUCAGCUUGGUCUUGCAAAUCAGCUGCGACAAAAGGCUAUUCCUUUGAAAGAGUGUCGUGACAUCGAGUUCAAUAAUCCCAAAGAACAAGAGGUACCAAUGGGAAAUGGAGAACUUAGAUGCUUGAAAAGGAGUGAUCUUGUACAGACCUUGGCUGAUAGCCUACCGAAUGAAACGAUCCGUUUUGGAUGCCAUAUAGUAUCUGCCAAGUUUGAUCCAAUAACUUCUCAACCUCUUCUACAAUUGCAAGAUGGUAGUGUAAUCAAGGCUAAGGUUGUGAUUGGAUGUGAUGGAGUAAAUUCUGUUAUCUCCGAGUUGAUAGGACUAAAACCAACAAAGCUUUUUACUUCUUGUGCAGUAAGAGGUUUUACUAAUUAUCCAUCUGGUCAUGGAUUUAACAAUGAAUUUCUUAGAAUUAGGAAAGACAAUAUUAUUCUCGGUAGGCUGCCUGUCGACAACAAUCUCGUUCAUUGGUUUGUAGGAAGACCAGGAACUACGUCAGAUAUAAGAGUUUCAAAAGAUCCAAAGCUCAUCCGAGAAUCAACAAUCGAGUCGAUCAAUGAUUUUCCGCCACAAUGUGUAGAAAUGGUGAAAAAUUGUGAUCUCAAUGAAGUAACUUUAACAAAUUUGAGAUAUCGAACCCCCUUGGACAUACUACUAGGAAAUUUUCGAAAAGGGACAGUGAUAGUAGCAGGCGAUGCCAUGCAUGUUUGGGGUCCAUACAUAGGUCAAGGUGGAGCUGCUGCUUUAGAAGAUGGGAUUGUGUUGGCGAGAAAUUUGGCACAAGAAAUGUGCAAUAAAAGGGGUUCAACAAAAAAUGGAAAUCAUGUAACACAGGCGAGAAUUGAGAAAGCAAUGGAUCAAUUUGUGAAAGAGCGAAGGAUGAGACUCUUUAUGAUGUCCUUAAACACUUACAUACUUGGUAUGUUGUUAGAAACUUCAUCGCCAUUAACAAAAUUUGGGCUUAUUGUGGGAUUAAUCCUUUUCUUCAGCAACUCACUCGGCCACAGCCAACACAACUGUGGCCGGCUUUAGUUUGUUAUCAUUUGGGAGUUCUAAAAUUCCUUACAGAAUGCAUUAGCCUUUGGGAGGGAAGUUGUUCAGUCCUUUGAAUACAAAUUGAUAUAAAUGAACCUGUAACCACUGGUUCUAACUCAGAACACGGUGUUAACUUCUUUUACUAAAUAAGCAAGUGGCCAGCACUUUGCACGUCGGCAACACUAUUUUUAUUU